AUGUCAAGUAUUAAAGCAACUCUUUUUUUGGUAGUAAUAAUAUUUAUUUUCGGUAUAAAACCAUCCAAUGCAACAGUGUCAUGUACAACUUGUUCAAAUUCAAUGCGUAUUAAUAUAACGACUGAUAAAGAUCUAGAUACUACCGGAUGUAAAUUGGAAGAAGACGAACUGUGUUCACUUGUAUUACGUAUUGAUUAUACAAAUAGUAAUAGUAGUUUUGCUAUUUUCAGUGGUUCUGAAGAAGCAGCACUAAUUUUGACUAAUGGGGAACCUCAAUUAAGUGAGGUAACAUUCAUUUGGUUUAAUGAAUUACGUGUUCAACGUAUGGCGAAUAUUUUAUGUUUUGCUGGAGCAAGUUGUGGUGUAGAUCUUCUCAAAAAAAUAUACAGAGAUGAAUUUCGUUUAUUUGACUAUAAAACAAUUCAAAAUGCAUUGGCUACUAAAUUAUAUUCAUCAUCAACUCCUGUUUCAAGUUUGACAUGUGCAGAUCCAUCUGGUUCAUCUGUAUCAUGUGCAGAUGGAUUUUGUCGGUCGAUUUUUGAUGGAAAUUCAAAAGUACAAUAUUCAAAUUGUGUUGCAAAAGGAUUAGUUUCUAAUCCAUAUGGUAUAACAAUACAAAAAUCAACCAUGGCUGAUUUAGGUGGAGAGCAAAUUUCUAUUAUAUUUACUUGUAAUAAACCAAUGUGUAACUCGAAUGACAAUAUAAAUCAAGUUCUUCAACAAUUAGCUGCAGACAAUAUUAUUCCAAAACCUACGAUAACAACAACACCAAGUGAAGGAAUCAAAAUAUUUCAACAUGAAAAAAUAUUAUUAGUUUCUUUUUUAUUUUUAUUUUCAAAAUUCUAA